AGCUGCAGUGCGACGGCGCAUGACCGUGGUGCAGCAACAGCAGCGCAUGCUGACACCUGGAGAUAGUGUUGCUGGCCAGACUGCUGACGGGACGAGUGCUUCACAAUCACAAUCAGUGUCGGUAAAUCCAAUUACAUCCGGCGUCGACGCUGAUCCUCAGACUGGAGGAGCGGGCGGGGUCAUUGGUCCAGAAACAAGUGUGGCUGCUCAAGCAGCACAACUGGACGGGAGGCACACCGUGUCGUCUGGGGUUGAAAAUACCAAAUCAAGUCGCAGUAGCCGACGAUCGUCUGCAGCAUCCUCCGCUGGAGGUGGCUGGAGUAUUGAACGAGUUGAUCUUGAGCAGAAUCAGGCACUGCGGGAAGACUAUAAUGAGAUGAGUGAAGAGGAGGGGCUCAAGGCUGGGAUGGAUCCAGGCGGUCUGACAACGCGACGCAUAGCACACUACUUGCCUGAGCGCGAUCUUUUUCACGGUGUGCUUGGGGAAGGUUUUCCGUAUAGUCUCUACGCCGAGGAGGAAGUUGAUAUGGCAGUGAACAAUUUUCUCCCCGAAGACGCGGAGGAAGAAUUCAUUCCCCUACCGAUGAUCAUGCAGCUGACGGACUACAUUACGGAACAGGAGUUCGCGGCGUUGGCUCUGGCAGCUGGCUACGGGCGGGACAUUCCAGGGAAAUCGCCGCUUGAGAAAUUUCGACAGUUGUGCUGGUUAUACGAGAUUCUGGACUGCAAUCGAAAGGGGUUCGUCACUAUCGAGGAAAUGCAGCCCUUGGAGCUGCUUUACUAUGACCGUGCCAUUCCGUUUCACUUGACGGAAACAGCUGCCACCGACAGAUCUGGGAGCGCAGCUGUUCUUGGGGGAGCGUCCGGUGAUGGAGCGCAGCAAGUGCCAGGACACACCCAAUCCAACGCUGGAGAAGGAAACGGUGGCGCAGGACGAGGAGAACCCGCCGCGGCCCCAAAGACACCCGUCUCUGGCGGCAAGAGCUCGAAGGCUGCCGCGGAUCGGGAUCGCAUGUCAGCAGACGAGGAGCGCCGGGCUCGUAUUGAGCGCAUACUCGUUGCCCGUGUGCAGACACAGCGUGCGGAGCGAGAAUUUUAUUGGCACUUGCAACGGCUGAGCCGUCAGAGGUGGCCGCUCGUUCGCGCGUGGCGGCAAUACCUCGCGCCGCAUGGCGGCUACAGCGUCACGAAAUCCGACAUGGGAAAGUUUUUGCGGAGUAUCGACUUUCCUUUUCGCUUGGAGACUCUGUGGAGUAGCCUGGAUAGCGAUUUUAGUGGUG